AUGGCGAAAAAACUAUGGAGUUUGAUGCGUGUCUUGUUCUUCAUGUUGAAGAAAGGCAUUUCCAAAGCAAAAAUAUUCGCCGAUCUUAACAUGAUGAUUAAACAUGGCAAGAUCACCGAAAAAUCCUUGCCUGGCGAAUACGAAUUCAGCUGUAGCAACACCCCUUCAUACCCACUCAAACUAUUCUCCAACAAGAAAAACAAACACAAACACCCCCAGUGUGACAUGACUCCUCUUGAUGAAAAUAAUGACAUAUUUAUCAAUGCUAAGAUUAUGAAGACCUUGGAGAUGUUGACAAGCGCAACCGCAUCGCCGGUUUUUGGGAAAAGUCAGCUGAGGAUAAUGGACUCGCCGUUUUCGUUAAGUAACGGUGAGGAAGAUGGUCAAGUAGAUGAAGCUGCUGACAAAUUUAUCAUGAGGUUCUAUAGCGAUUUGAGACAGCAAACUACUUAA